GUUCUCAGCCGUAUCCGGUGGGGCAGCGGUCCAGGGCUCGGAAAAAAAAUCGAAGCGGAGAGGAUCUGGUAACGGUACGCAUUGAGAAAUAACCCCCAUCCCGAGUCGCUAACCAAGGGCUCGGCAGGAAUUUACAUUUUCUUUACAAAGGUUAGAGGUCACAGAGCAGGGUCGCCGUUGUCAUCAUGGCAUCUGGAAGUACGAGCAGCGAGGAGGAGCGGAGCCUGAGAGAGUGUGAGCAGUACGUGCAAAAACACAACAUUCAACAGCUGCUGAAGGACUGCAUUGUCCAGCUGUGCACCUCCAGGCCAGACAGGCCCAUGGCCUUCCUCAGGGAGUACUUCGAGAGGCUGGAGAAGGAGGAGGCCAAACAGAUCCAGAACCAGCAGAAGGCGAGCAGUUCCCGCUCAGACUCCCGUGAUGAGGAGGUGUCUCCUCCCAUGAACCCUGUGGUUAAAGGUCGCCGGCGGAGAGGAGCGUUCAGCGCAGAGGUCUACACGGAGGAGGACGCUGCCUCCUACGUUAGAAAGGUUAUUCCAAAAGACUACAAGACAAUGGCAGCGUUGGCCAAAGCCAUUGAAAAGAACGUUCUCUUCUCACACCUGGACGACAAUGAGAGGAGCGACAUAUUUGAUGCAAUGUUUCCAGUCACUUACAUCGCAGGGGAAACUGUCAUUCUGCAGGGUGAUGAAGGGGACAACUUCUAUGUUAUCGACCAAGGGGAGAUGGACGUGUAUGUUAACAAUGAAUGGGUGACCAGCAUCGGGGAGGGUGGCAGCUUCGGAGAGCUGGCCCUGAUAUACGGCACCCCAAGGGCGGCCACAGUCAGAGCCAAGACCAAUGUGAAGCUGUGGGGCAUCGACAGAGACAGCUACAGGAGAAUACUCAUGGGAAGCACUUUGAGAAAGAGGAAGAUGUAUGAGGAAUUCCUCAGGAAAGUGUCCAUUCUAGAGUCUCUUGAUAAAUGGGAGCGUCUGACGGUCGCUGACGCCUUGGAGCCCGUCCAGUUUGAGGACGGACAGAAGAUUGUUGUGCAGGGAGAGCCCGGAGAUGAGUUCUUCAUCAUCUUGGAGGGUUCUGCAGCUGUGUUGCAGCGUCGCUCAGAGAAUGAGGAGUUUGUGGAAGUGGGGAGGUUAGGACCAUCUGACUACUUUGGUGAGAUUGCUCUGCUGAUGAACCGCCCCCGUGCCGCCACUGUGGUCGCCCGUGGCCCACUGAAGUGCGUCAAGCUGGACCGGCCUCGCUUCGAGCGCGUCCUGGGUCCCUGUUCAGACAUUCUCAAACGCAACAUCCAACAGUACAACAGCUUCGUCUCGCUGUCCGUCUGAAGGGGGGCAUCCUUUCCUCCACCUUCUCACUCUCCCUCCACCUUUCUCCCUCCUUUUAGACCCAGGGUCCACCAAUGCAAUUUGCUUUUUUUUGGCACUUUCUUCUUCUUUCUGUUUGCUUUUCUCCCUGUUUUUUUUUCUUUUUUUCUCAGUUUUCCACACGGAGAUUGUUUUAAUGUUACCACCUGUCACACUGAGGUGACGUUCAGCCAUUCACCAGCGCUUGUUCCAGCUGCUGUAAGCUACCUUGUAGGCACAGUUACAUCACAUGUUACCUAUGUUGUAUAUGUAUUUGCUGGUUACGCUUUCUUUUUUAGACUGAAACACAGAGCAGGAUUGUUCAGAGAUCUGGAAGAUAUUAGGGUCUCAGACUGAUGAGACAGGACAAUCAACCUUUACAUGGCGCUUUGGGGGAUUUUUUUUUUUUAACAGAGAUGUGUUGUAGAUUGAUGUAAAAAGAGGACUGCUUCUCCCUGUUACAGUUUCCUUUUUGCUUGAUUAGAUAAAGAGCGUUAAGCAGAAAUUAGAAGCUGCAGGAAGUAUGUGAUUGCAUCAAAUUUAGCUUUUUAGAUUUCAGCUGUACUAUCUUUGUUUUUAUUUUUCCUUUGACUGGUAUGAUGUCACUUGAUGAGUCUGAUUUGCUUAUUUCCAGAAAGCUCUGAGAACUUUUAAUUUUGAUUAUGCAGCUACCAGGCUAGUGCCAAAUGUUGAUUCUCGUCACAUCGCAAGGAUGCAUAGCCGUGGAAAAUGCAAGUGAGUGUUCUCUUCCCUGUCUAUCUGAAGCUCUAAGCAGAACGUAGUUAUUACCCUUAUUGUCCUCUUAAUCAGUAGAACAACCAUACAAGUACUGCCUUGACUACUCUGAGGGACAAAAUAUAACAAAGAAAGUAAAAAAAAAAAAAAAAAAAAGAGUAUUAAAUGUAUUUCAGUAUUCAAUUUUUGAGUAUAUACCAAAUAACUUGGUCACUCUUCUGCUAUGGUUUGUAAUCAAAAAUGUUAUUAUAGUAUAGUUAAAAUGAUCAUAGUUAUAUUAUUAUUAUUAUUAACUUAAUGAUGAACUUAUGGUUUGGAGUGAUGGUGAUCUUAAAAAAAAUAUGUUUAACUGUCUUUUGUAAACACUUAUUUUUCCAUAAAUUCUAUUUUAGGUGUCCAGUGCCACAAAGUAAAAAAAAAAAAAAAAUCUUCUUGUCAACUAGACAAAACCAGUAUGUAAUUGUAUUGUGUAAAAAGCGUCAUGGGUUUUUAAGCUAGAUCAUAUGGGGUUAAUUACAGGUUUAUUGAAGUGACGUCUUGAGCAGAGAUUGUUUCAUGGAAUUCAGGACACGAGAAGUAUUUAUGUGUGAAAGCAUCACAGGUGAGCAGAUAUUUAUUUUAAAACUAGUGUCAUUGCUUAUUGCCUGUUUGAAAAGAUAGCUGUCUUUUCAUCAGAGUAGCUUGUGAUCUGUUCUCUAUGCUUACUUGGCAUGAUGUUUUAGGCAUCCAGUGAUCUGGUAUGAAUGGAAGCGUGUAUUAAAAAAAAAAGCUUGCCCUGCAGCUGCAGGAAAUUUGUUAAAUAUUUGGUUUGCUACUCCCUAGCUUAACUGCUUCACAACUAUUUAGAUGGCAUAAAAUGUUACCUCUGUUUGUUUUUUAUUAUUUCUAAGAUCUUUUACCAAAUCACACAAAAUGUUGACUUCUGGAUCAAAGGCUUAAAUCUUCAUUCCUGCCUCACUAGCUGUUAUCAGAAGCAUUCAUGCUGUCUGUUCUGUCUCAAUCGGAGCCCUUUUAUGAGCUCACUAUUGAGGUGUUCGUGUUUGUACGUCCAAAAAGAUUUGAGUUUUUGUGCCGAUUUCAGGGUAGUCAGGUUAGUGAGAGUUUUUGUGAAUGGAAAUGAGUGGAUAUUUUUCUUUUAACUGAUCAUCUUCAUCUCUCCCCUCCUUAACUUAAGAAGAUAUUCUAUUGGGUUUGGUUACAUGUGGAUUUAUGUCCAUUGACCAAAAAUCCCAUUUAUCCUGAUCCAUAGGAAGUUCAGUGGCAAAGGUUUGUCUCACCCUUUGUCCAAAUAAAGUUUUCAUGUAAAUAGCAACAUUGUCAGAUUUUAGUCCAGAAUUGUUUUUAACCACACUGCAAUCGUCCCGGUUUGCCUUAGCUUACCUAACCUGGGCUAACAGUAGUUGUCAGUCACUCCUGCUAGCCCGAUCUUCAGUGAGUUUUGUUCGGCCUGCAGUGCAGAGAGCUGCGGGCGAUCAGAGGACCAUUCUUUUUCUAUUCUACCCUGUAUUCAGUUUGACCUCCUGUAUGUGCAAAGAUGUUUAUCCUUUUGGUAUAGAUUGUUCCAGAUGGCAAUUUAAGCAAUAAAAAAGUAAAAAAUAUUA